AUGGAUAAGUGGCUUAAUAUUGCAACAUCAAGCAAAAGAAGUUGUGCUCGAAAUCCUAUACCAUCGACCUCUACUUCAGAGUCAGAUUGUGCGGUGAUCCAAGACGAUAAAGUCCCUACCAAGAUACGAAAACUUGUAAGAAAAUAUGAUCCUGAGUACAUUAAUAUUGGAUUUACAGUGACAGAUGUAAAUAAUGAGCCGCGACCACAAUGCGUGAUCUGCUUUGAAAUUUUAUCGAACCAAAGCAUGAAACCCUCAUUACUAAAUCGUCACCUUACCACGAAACAUAAUGCGUUAGUAAACAAACCCAAGGAUUUUUUCAUUCGAAAAUUAUCCGAAAUGAAAGGCACUAAGAACAUCAUGUCUUCGUUUACUGGCAGUACAGAAAAAUCUGUGGAGGCAUCUUUCUUAGUUAGUUUAAGAAUAGCAAAAUCUGGAAAAGCUCAUACAAUUGGCGAAGAGCUGGUGUUGCCUGCAGCAAAAGAUAUGGUUACUUGUAUGUUGGGUGAGAAGUCAGCUAAAAAGCUAGAUAUGAUAUCGCUAUCUAACGAUACCGUUCGCCGCAGGAUUGAAACUAUGGCAUUAAAUGUUAAAAAUCAAUUAAUAGAUCGUGUGAAGCGUAGUGAAUUUUUUGCGAUACAACUCGAUGAAAGCACAGAUGUAACAAACUAUGCUCAACUUAUGGUGUACGUGCGGUAUAUACAUGCAAAUACAAUUAAGGAAGAUUAUUUAUUCUGUGAGGCGCUACCAACUCGAACUACAGCGGAUGAAAUAUUUAAGAAGCUGAGUGAAUUCUUUGCUGAAAAUGGACUGGACUGGAUGAAUUGUGUUGGUUUCUGUUCUGAUGGUGCUCGAGCUAUGACGGGAAAAUUUGGAGGCGUUGCCACAAAAGUAAAAUCUGUUGCAGACAGUUGUACUUUCAUGCAUUGCAACAUCCACAGACAAGCCUUAGCAGUAAAAUGUAUGCCUGAACAAUUUAAACAUGUUCUCCAGGAAACCAUCAAAGUGGUAAAUUUUAUUAAAUCGCGAGCUCUAAACUCUCGUUUAUUUUCCAAACUGUGUUCUGAAAUGGGCAGUGACCAUAUUCAGUUGUUGCUACACACGGAGGUCAGGUGGCUUUCGCGAGGAAAAAUGCUGAGCAGGUUAUUUGAGCUACGUUCUGAGGUGCAGUUGUUCUUGAUGGAGACUGAUUUUGAAUUGCGUGAUCGGCUGACUGAUGAGCUCUGGAUUACAACAUUAGCCUACUUAUCAGAUAUUUUUAAUCGCAUCAACGACUUAAAUCUCAGUUUGCAAGGCAAAACAACAAAUAGAUUUUCAGUAAAUGACAAAAUAAAAGCAUUUAUCAAGAAAUUUCAAAUGAUAAACAAUAUCAUUUCGAAUAACCACUUGGAGUCUUUUUCUACUUUGGAAAAUUUUGUGGCAGAAAAUAGCCUUACAGUAAGUGACGAUUUCAUCGAGGACAUAAAAAAGCAUUGCCAAAUGCUUAUUGAAACCUUUGAAGAAUAUUUUAAAGAAGAUUACUCUGAAUUCUUGAGGAUAAGAAACCCAUUCACUUUGGAUGUGAAUAAUGUUCCUGAAAACCUAACUAUUAGCGAAAAAGAGUGUUUGAUAGAACUAUCUUGCGAUGAGGGUUUGAGAGCUGAAUUUACUAAACUACAGUUGUGUGAAUUUUGGCUAAAAGUUAAAAAUGAAUAUCCACCGCUGUCCAGAAGAGCAUUAUUAUUUUUGAUUCCAUUUACUACAACCUACCUUGUGAGAGCGGAUUUUCUGCUAUGUUACUUCUAA